AUGUUCGAUUUCGACUUCUUGGCCGAGCUCCCUGCUGAUACCCCCCGCAUGGUGGCAUCGACCCUUAAUUCCAUCAAGUCCGCUAUAAGGCGUAACCUCCAGCACCCGUACAUUGUCAUCGAUUAUGUCAACCCAGAUAUUGUCGAGAGGCUUGUCGAAUCUCCGCGCCUACGUUUCCUGAAGGCGUCAAGGCUGUUUUACGAUGCAGAUCUGCGCAAACUGAUUUUAAAGAUACCCUCUACUUUUCAUGAUGCCGCCAGCAGAGCUUUUGACCACCUACUUACACGACACAUGGAAUCUUCUGGCGUCGACGAAGAGGUAGCAGAACCUCAAGGCUCGGGGCGCGUCAAGGACGGCCCCUACUCCAAGGAGCCUGACGAAUCGUAUCUCCCGGUGCGACGGAUCCCUGGUCGUGAUCCCAAGUGGCCCACCCUAGUAGUGGAAGUCGGUUACAGCGAGACUCGGGGUCGGCUGAGAGUUGAUUGCCGUUGGUGGCUUGGCCGCUCCCAAGGCCAAGUCAAAAUUGCAUUACUACUAUCUAUCGACCGGGACCGGCCUCAUAUUUUGAUAGAAAAGUGGGAAAACGGGCCUGCCACACACGGCUACAAUUUCCGAGUCCCAGGACGGCUCUCCCCACAGAAAACAGCAGCUAUCAGUGUUACCCUCGAGAAUGAUGACGCAACGAAAUACAUGGCGAUGAAGGCAUUAUUCUCCGCCGGCUGGUCCGUCGGGUGGGUGCCAGCAAUGGAUGCCGGUAAGGGCACCGCAUUCUCACUCACGAACAUGGGAAACACCGCGCUGAAGUCAGAAAAGUUUACCCCGUCGGGUCCCACCUUCUGGGUGACCCAUUCCGAUCGGAAGAACCAUCCACUCUUACUACGUCUGGGUGCCACCCGCUGCUUUGACUACAAGAGCCCCCAUGUCACCUCGGAUAUUCAGUCAGUCUUGGAACAGGAGGGAUCGGGCCCAGUCUUGCAGGGAUUUGAUACGGUGGGAAGUCAAGCAGGCUUAGGCUCGACGCAGUCGAUGGCGGCUUGUGUUUCCCCAGAUGCGACCUUUGUAUCUGUCGUUGUGCAGCAGGGUCCUCGAUUCAGGAUGCCACUGGCUACUUCGAACAGCGACGUGAAGAUCCAAUUGAAGGGGGUCCUUCACCCGAUCACGAUUCCUGCGCGGAAAGCAGAUUACGAGCGCGCAUGGAUGGCAUUUCAGUGCGCCGUUACACACUGUGGUUCGCGGUUUCAGUUCCCUUCGGUGGAGAUAUUCAAUGGAAGUGCUGAAGAGGCCAUGGACCAAGUGCUCGCGGUGUCGGGUCAUGGCCGUGGCUUGGGGAAAUGCCAGAGAACUCCUGUGGGAUCAGAGAGCCCCCGUCGGGCCGACGGGGGGACUCCGCACGGUACUGAUCCCCAUGGUGAUCCACGUAUCUUCCGCUUACUCAUUGCACAAGUGAAAGGUGCGCAUCCUGGACGAGGACCUUCCCCAGAUCCUGAAUCUCGAGAUGACGUCUGGAACCUUGAUUCUACAGGGACACUCUUGCAAGGCACCGAUUCAUUCACCAACCAGAAAACGCUGAUGAUGGUCGCUACUGGACCUACGGACGGCCCAGAUCCCAACGGGCAUGUCGAAAUUGCGCCCGGGCCAAGCAACGUUGGUGUGACGGAAUCGCAAGACACUGACCCGGCGUCGGCGUCUAUGCUUGAUUCGUUGAGCGGUGACGGCCAUGACAUGCUUAGCCAGCAUCAUGUGGAGAUGCCUACUAUCGCAUUAAGCAUGCGGGCCACUAACGAAGCAGAUCCAUGGCCACUAGAUAUUACUGCACCUGAUGGUCCGGAGCCGAAUCAAGGGGCCCAAAAUACGCCGUUUGCCAACGUUGGCGACCAUGCAAUUGACCUUUUUCCUCUAACCAGUCAGCAAGAUAUCAAUGAGCAAUCAGGCACCUCACAGAGUGCUGAAACUACGAUCGAUCAAGCAUGUUCCUCGUUAAGCAACGCAGACUCUUCCUCAAGCAACUGCAACCUUGUUGCGAAUCAGACAAGAUCGGCUUCAAAAAAGUGCAGCUGUAUUCGGUUUCCGGAGAGGCUCCCGGAAGAUGAUGAAGUUGUCGCAGCUGAGGAUUUUGGUCACACGGCAAAAAUCCCCGAGACAACAUAUGAACUGCUGCUAGGCUUUUGGAGAACCCAGCAAUGUGUCCAAUGCAAAGCCACUUGCCAAGAUACUUCCUUUAUCAGCCAAGCUCUUUUGAAUGCCAUGAUCCAGCUGUAUCAUGAGCAUUUUGACCCGUGGAUGCCCUUUCUGCAUCCUUCUGUAUUUGAAGAUGGUAACGUACCUUGGAUCCUUGUUCUGGCCGUGGCAUCUGUCGGCUGUCAGCACUCUGAUAUAACAAAUUCCGAAGUCUACCUUCUUGGGCUGCGUGGCCUUCUGCAAAGAGCUUUGAACACGACCGUAUACUACUAA